UUAGAUUGUACCUUUGGAGCAGGAGGUUACACAGAGCAUAUAUUGAAAUAUACAAAAGCAAAAGUUAUUGCUUUUGAUAGAGAUGAAAAAACUGUUAUUAAGUAUGUUAAUAAUCUUAAGAAUAUCUAUAAAGAAAGAUUUACCUUCGUAGCAGAUAAAUUUUCAACUUACAAUAAUCAUUUAAAAGUUAUGGGAAUAUCUAAGGUUGAUGCAGUAGAGCUAGCAAAUAUAGUUAGAGGAGUUGUUGGCUUCAAGAAAAAAAAGAAUGAAUCAAAAAUAGAUCCAUCUACAAAAACCUUUCAAGCAUUAAGAAUAUAUGUAAAUGAUGAGCUUAAUGAGUUAAAUAUAGCGUUAGAAAAUUCUAUAGAUGUAUUAAAUAAAAAUGGUAUUUUGGCUAUUGUAAGUUUUCAUUCUUUAGAAGAUAGAAUAGUAAAUCACAAUCAAAAGGUUCAAAAUAGUGUUUUUAAUAUUCUUUCUAAAAAGCCAAUAUUACCAAGUGAAGAAGAAAUACACAUAAAUCCAGAAUCACGUUCUGCAAAAUUAAGAGCAUCUAAAAGGCUAUGA